AUGUACAACCAACAAUGGCCUUAUCAUGUUACCCACAAUAUGCCCUCACAAGGGUACAAUGAAAGUGUCCACUGGGACAGUGCCCGAUGGGUACAGGCGGCGGAAGGAUUAGUACCACCGGAUGCUGUCGUCGGUGGAUAUGAAGGCGAAACCACGUUCAUUGGACGGGCAAAGCACCGUGGAUCGAUAGUACCCGGCCGGGUUGUGCCAUCAAAGAAGGCCUGCUUCAUUGUGUGGGGCGGUGAAGAACAUGAAAAGCGCGACUACCAGGUGCUGUGCGGGUACGAAGGAAGAUUUGUACGCAUUGGCAGAGGUUACGUCCCGGAAGGUGCGCUGCGAGGUGGUGUGUCCGAGCAAGGAAAUCCGCUCUACAUUGGACUGGUGCGUUUGGGCCUUACCACCAUUGUCGGUAAGGUGCAACCGGAACAUUUGUGCUGCUACGUCGGAAUCGAUGGUGUAGAGAGAGCAUUUACUGAAUACGACAUUUUCGUUUCCAUGACCGGAUACAAGGGAUAA